CUUUGUGUGAAAGAGGUGCUGCUUGCAGCUCGAACUCCGCUAAACAGUGAUAAUUUUCAACCCGUUUUCUGUGCGCCACCGUAUUCCACAACAUGGUGAAACGAUCUCGUUGGCAUUAACGCACGAAAGCAGCAGGUUUUUGAGCAGCUUCUGCAAAUCAUAAAAAAGUGAUGCUAUGCUAUGGUAGUGUGUAAUAUGCUCGCAAUGUGAUGUAAAUGUCCGUAUCGUUGUGCGUGUGGAUGCUGCAGUGAGGGCAGCACUUUCGGUGAAAAGAAGGAAAGCGACAAGGCCAAGAAGAAAAGAGAAUGUGCGUUAAGAAUAAAAUGUGCUAAGAGAACCCCUACUGUUGCCAAUGCUACAGCACGAGGGAGAAUUCCUUGCAGAGCCAUACAAGUCAAUGGAAAGGCAAGACGAAAAAACUGCGAACCAAGAUUAGCCUACGCUUUUGCUGCAGAUGUGCAACGCAACCGAAGACCGGAAUACGGCGAGCUAGUGUGGUGGUGCAACGAAGAAAGAGCAAAAGAAAAAGGAAGUGUCAAAGACUUUGACAGAGAUUUGUUGCUGUUUUCGUUUCGGUCACCACCGGUUGGGCAAACGAGUGCAUCGUGCCGGCGAAAAGUGCAACAGCUUUCAUUUCCAGCGGCUUGGAAGAAAACAAAUCCAACCCUAACUCGGUGCAAUGUUUUAUAAUACAGCUGGACGUUGCAAUUUCUCGAGACACACUUUGUGAGCGAGCCAGUUUAUGUGCUUUUCUGGUUCAUUCCCAAGAACAGCUCCGUGGAACAAGGAACCCGUUUGGAUGAUCGUGAAAAGAUCACACAAAGUUUCGUGUCGAUCGUUUGGUGUUGAUUUGCAAGCAAUUAGGAUUUGUGGUGGAUUGAAAGAAACCUACGUAGGAGGAGCAUAAGACCUGGUGCAGUGGGUUCCGGUUGGAGUUUCGUAUGUAAACGAAGCAACGCUAACAAACCGCUUCCAACGACGUAACACACACGCCACCAAGGCCCGGAAGCUAUUUUUUACCAAAGUGGAUACUAAAGGCAACCUGGGUCUUUCCCAGGACUUCGAGAGGAUGGUCGGGCUGACGGGCGGGUCGCAUCUAUAUGCGCCCGGCAUUCCGGCGGCACAGGAGAUCGUCCGCGAUAUGGCUGCCAUGCCAACGGCGGCUCCGACCAGUGCGGAUGCCUGUCUCAGCAUCGUCCAUUCGCUGAUGUGCCACCGGCAGGGCGGCGAGAGCGAAGGCUUUUCCAAGCGCGCUAUCGAGUCACUGGUGAAAAAGCUGAAGGAAAAACGUGACGAGCUAGACUCGCUGAUCACGGCCAUCACCACUAACGGGGCACACCCGAGCAAGUGCGUCACGAUACAGCGCACACUCGAUGGUCGAUUACAGGUUGCCGGUCGCAAAGGGUUUCCUCAUGUCAUUUAUGCACGCAUUUGGCGCUGGCCGGAUUUACAUAAGAACGAACUCAAACACGUCAAGUUCUGCCAGUUUGCGUUCGAUCUCAAGUGCGACUCCGUUUGUGUUAAUCCGUAUCACUACGAGCGCGUUGUUUCUCCUGGCAUUGAUCUUUCCGGACUCACGCUGCAGUCGGGACCGAGUCGAUUGAUAAAAGAUGAAUAUACACCUGGUUCGGUCGUCGGCGGAGGUAUGGAUAUCGAUGGCAAUGAGAUCGGCACGAUUCAGCACCAUCCGUCCAUGGUGGCCGGUGCCGCGUAUGGCAGCAUGUCCAUGCAUCCGCAAGUGCCCGUAGACCCAUCGCAGCUGCGCGGUUUGUUUGGAUCUAGUAGUGGCCCAAGGCCGAUACCGAAGCUAGAGGCUUCCGAGCAGUCUCGAAACAGUGACCCGAGCAGCUGGAUGGGUGGCGGCGCGGGAAGUGGUGGAGGACCGCCCAUGAUGUCGGCGGCUGGCUCGGCCGGUGGUCAACAGCAGCACCACCGUUUGUCGUCAUCGCUGCCAUUAUCAUCCGUGAUCGGUGGUCCUGCUGGUAUCGGAAAUAACGGAUUGAGAGGACCGCCGCAAAGCUCCCAGCAGCAACCUUCGGCGCCUCAACAGCAACAGCCUCAAUCGUCAUCGCAAUCCGGCGCGCAGCUCACAAAUGGCGGUGGUCUUCUCGGAAGCUCGUCACAAACUGGUAGCGGUGGUGGUGGUGGUGCUAGUGCCACCAGUGGUGGUGGAAGCUUGGUCGCAGCGGAUGGUUCCCAGUACUACACCGGUGGUACUUCCGUCGAUCCCACGAUGAACGAUCCGCAAACGAUGGGUCCGGGCAGCAUGUCGGGAAGCAUGUCAACUACAUCACCAGUAUCGCCUCAUCUGCAGCAAAAUGGAUACGUGCCGGCUAGCAAUGGUCAGCAGCAGCAGCCGGGACCGCAGUCUCAAAAUAACCAGACAGGAUCACAACAAUACCAGCAGCAGCAACAACAACAGCAGCAAUCGCAGCAAGGCGGCUCGGCGACGUGGUCCGGUUCGAACACACUGAACUACACACAAUCGAUACAGCCUCCAUCACACGCCGGAAGUUCACAUCAGCAACAGUCGCAGCAGCAGCAACAGCAGCAGCAAUACUGGCCUCAUGGUUCGGGGAGUGGUUCCGGGACGGUCGGAACGAGUGCUGGGUCAAGUGUGGGUAAUGCGGCUGCCGGUGGUCAGAUGGCGGAACUGCCUGGACAGCAGCGAUUGCUUUCCCGCCAACCGGCACCCGAGUACUGGUGCUCGGUGGCGUACUUCGAGCUGGAUACGCAAGUUGGCGAAAUGUUCAAGGUGCCCUCAAACCGCCCGAACGUCACGAUCGACGGAUACGUUGAUCCGUCCGGUGGCAAUCGGUUCUGCCUCGGUGCCCUCAGCAACGUGCAUCGUACGGAACAGAGUGAGAAGGCAAGACUACACAUUGGCAAGGGUGUACAGCUGGAUCUGCGCGGCGAAGGGGACGUCUGGCUACGAUGUCUCAGUGAUCAUUCAGUAUUCGUACAGAGCUACUACCUCGAUCGGGAAGCGGGCCGUACGCCGGGUGAUGCCGUACACAAAAUCUACCCAGGAGCGUGCAUAAAGGUGUUCGAUCUGCGACAGUGCCACAUGCAGAUGCAAUCCCUCGCAAACUGUGCGCAAAAGGCUGCCCAAAUGCAGGCGGCCGUCGUGGCGGGCGUAUCGGCCGUCGGUGCAACGAGGAGCUCAGGUCUUUCCGCCGCGGCCGGGAUCGGGGUGGACGAUCUGCGGCGUCUGUGCAUUCUGCGGCUGUCGUUCGUGAAGGGCUGGGGACCGGACUACCCGCGCCAAUCGAUCAAGGAAACGCCGUGCUGGGUGGAGGUCCAUCUGCACCGCGCACUGCAGCUGUUGGACGAAGUGCUGCAUCAAAUGCCGAUCGAUGGUCCGCGGGCCAUCGAGUAGAUUGGGGAAGUGUAAGCCGUGGAAAGCCUUUUGCCGUAAGUAGGAUGCACCGAGUUCGGGAUUAACCCACGAUUAACCGGGUGAAGGUGACCGAAGGACGUAUACUUAGAGAAAUCUUACGUUGGUAACAAAUGUGUAAAUAUGUGAGAAACAUGGCUAGGGUGUGGGUGACUUGGGUUUAAAGAUGAUGACGAUGACGAUAAUGACGAUUAUGAGUGGGUUUCGUAGUUUGUACAAGUGUGAUUCUAAUAUGACAAAGAUUUAGGUUAGUAAGACGCAAUCGCAAAAAAUAAAGAAACACUUCUGCUGCAAGCACUCAAAGGAACACGCUAUAAAAAGAGUGUGUAGAGUGCCAAGGCAUUAAAAAAGGCUACAGUUUGAACGAUGAGUAGACAAAGAAAACCUGACACCUAAAGUGCAUAGUGUGUAGAGACAAAACAAGAGAUAAAGCGAGAAAAUGAUGCAAAUUUCUUCAAACCCUCUAAUGUAUACUGAUGUUCGGUAACCAGCGCUGCUGAUACCACAAGCAACAACUAUAUAUAUUGCUGCAUAGGGCAGUAUGCCGUUCCAUAAAUCGGUUAAAUCAUAUGAUAUAAAAUACACAAACACAACACACUCGGAGAGACUAAUCAUAAUGAUGACUAUUUAUUAUGAAUGGGCGGAAGCUACUGCCAGCCAUGAUAGCAACAACGGGAUUCCAUUAGAGGAGACCUACAGAAUUGAACAUAAUGAAAAUCGAAGAAUGACGAUUGCGUGGAUUCAAACUGCAACAUAGUACGAUAUGAUAGAAUAAACGGCAUGUAAUGUGUGACCACUUCGUCUAUGGACUGCGGUCAAUAUAAGCAAAAGGACAAUGUGUAUCGUAUGCAUCAUUAACACACAUGAUUGUGAAUGAAAGAGGAAAUACAAGAUACAAAACGAAAUCGCAAAUAAUUAUGCAAACAACAAAAACCUACAAAAAAUGUUCUACCUCUGAUUGCAAAAGAAACAAAAGUAUAUUAAACAAAACCUUAAGGUAUCCUUGCCUGGAUGGGGGAGUUAGAAAGAGUUUCUACUGUUCAAGGCGAAAAGAGGUAGCCCACUCGAAAACAAGCAGUGAAAGGAGAGCAAACUUGCAAAA